GCUGUUCUCUAGCCCUCGUGCUCUGUUGCAGCAGAACACCCAAAAAUGGUUUGCAAGAAGCUGAUAAGGGCAAUAAAAACAGUAGUGUCAAAGUGGAUGAAGAACCCUGCUUCUCUCACAAAGAGAACGUUGGUUGUUGAGCAGUUGCAGGAAAAUCUUAGGUGGUGUGAUGUGUACUGGGUUAUUCAGAUGCACUGCCCCAACUUGGUUUUGAUUUUAUUUCCUUUUGCCAAUAUAGCAUAUGCUACUUUUUCCUGAAAUAAUUUCUCAACCAUUUAUUAACUUUUCUUACUCACUAUGACUUCAGAUAGCAUUUUUCAAACCUCAACAUAUGGUCAGUCAAAAUCUUUUUCAUAAUUAAAUUCAAUAUUUUGGUGAAUAAAUUUCUUGAAGAAAAUGACCUAUUUAGAACUGCUGCCAUACAAGGGAAAUACAGUGUUUAGAAACUAGGCUUUUUUUUUUUUUUUUUCUUUUCUGAAACAGUUUUGAAAGGAAACAAAGGCCUUUUCUUACACUGUAGGUCAGCUGGUUUUCUGUGUACUGCAUGCACAUACAACUGUAGAAAUGCAAAUUUUAAUGAGCUUGGUCCUGAUACGUGGUACUGUGUGAAUAAGAUCAGGCCUUUCAGUUCUAAACCCUUUUUGUGUGUUUGUUUGCUUUCCCUUUAAAAUUUUAUUGAGAAAGUAGGCAUAGCAGAGGUAUGGGAACAGAUGAACUUUAAGGUCCCUUCCAGCCUAAGACAUGCUGUGACUCUAUUUCUCCUACAAGUUGCUUUUUUGUUGUUGUUGUUUUGCUUGUUUAAAGUCCAAAUGCUCCCAGCUUUUAUCAAUCAAGACGUAACAAUGCAAUUACAUAGCUAAGAUUGCGAGAAUUGUUUUCUCUGUAGCAUCUAAACAUCUAGCUGUGCAAAUCUCCCCCAAGCUAGCACUCUUUAUUCUUGGUUCAGGGGGUCAGUGUACUACCAACGUGACAAGGGUUUUACAGUCUUUCACCUCUAGGUCAGCAGUCAGAGCUCUGCCAGGAUCUGCCACGUGCUGUUCCCAUUAAACAGCUCAUUCCCUUCUGAUUCACCAUGCCAGGUGUCUGUACUGUGCAGUAGGUGCAAUCAUAAUCAACAGCCUCAGUAGGCAGCAAAAAGCAGGGAAGUCUGCUCUCUCCUCAUUUCAGACUUUGUCUGAAAGCAGAAGCAUGGAAGGGAUAAGUCAGCAGCUCUCAGAAUCUCACUUCCCCAGAGUAUCUGCUGCACUGUAGUAGGGGAAUCAACUCAUGCAUUUAUAUUACUAAGAAAUGUAAAUAUACCAAACGUGGAGUUUUCUUCAUCUGUACAGACAUAAAUGCAUAUAUAUCAAUAACACUUCAGGAGUACUGAAACACAAAAUUUGAGGAAAAUAACUUCAUAAUAGUGUAAAUGGAAGCACCUUGAAAGUUUUUCUACCAAAUGUAAAAUCAUAAUGGCCUUGUCAUGCUUCCUUUAAAGUAACAGCUUUUAUUUUUAGUAAUUUAACUUUGUCUGCUAGAACAUGAAGUUUUUCUUAGAAAUAAAAUGGUAAGAAUGAUGAAUUGCUAGGACAUCUGUGGAAGUAUUUUUUUUUUCCCCAAGAAUAAACAGUUGUUUUAACUGCCAUGUUCCAGUUUAAUUUUGCUGUCUUAGUAAGUUAUACAAAGACACUCUAAGCCUAUUUUAACCAGACUAAUCCCUCCAAUACCAGCUGUAUUCAAGACAAAUGCCAUGACCUACCAGUUUUCAUACAGAACCUUAAGAGCAAUUCUCAAUGAGCUUUUUGAGCUACCCUGUUGAUACGGUGAAGCUAUAUAUGUAUACCAGCAUUUCAAGGCCCUUAGCUUGAAAAUAUGCUACAGAAGCAAGCAGAACUUAACCACAGCUUUGCAUUACCAGGACCGUAUAAGACUGAUCAGUUGUUUUACAUGAUCCCUGCAACUUAUUCUAUGUCGCUGUUUUAUUUCCUUCCUUGGUAUAAAAUCUGUGGUGUGAAUUCACGGCCCACUGUGGUGCAGACAUAAAAUUGUACUUUUCCUGUAUUCCGUGCAGUACCAAGAGCCACUCAUGCAUGAACACGUUGGAAAAACUGGCACAGCUAUCCUGAGAAAGACAAACCUCUGCAACACUGAUUUUGAGAAAGUAGCUAUUAAGAUUUUGGACAAGACAAAAUUAGACCAGAAGACUCAACGUUUGCUAUCUCGUGAAAUAUCAAGCAUGGAAAAACUCCACCACCCAAAUAUCAUCAGGCUGUAUGAAGUGGUGGAGACACUCUCAAAACUGCACCUGGUAAUGGAGUAUGCAGGAGGAGGGGAACUCUUCACUAAAAUCACUACAGAAGGAAAGCUAAUAGAAACAGAAUGCAAAAUAAUCUUCUCCCAGAUUGUUUCUGCUGUGAAGCACAUGCAUGAGAAUAAUAUCAUUCAUCGGGACUUGAAAGCAGAAAAUGUUUUCUACAGCAGUAACACCUGCGUUAAGGUGGGAGACUUCGGAUUCAGCACAAUCAGUAAAAGAGAUGAAACUUUAAAUACUUUCUGUGGCUCUCCUCCUUAUGCUGCCCCUGAACUCUUCCGAGAUGAAAACUAUGUUGGCAUUUAUGUAGAUAUCUGGGCACUAGGAAUAUUGUUAUACUUCAUGAUUACGGGGAUCAUGCCGUUUCGGGCAGAUACGGUGGCCAAACUGAAGAAGUGCAUUCUUGAAGGGACGUACAGCUUGCCUCCCUGCCUCUCGGAAGCUUGCCAGAAAUUGAUAAAAGGAGUCCUUCAGCCAGUACCAACAGAACGAUAUUCUGUCAAACUUAUUAUGAACAGUGAGUGGAUGCAGGGGAUACAGUACCCAAAACCUUUACAGCCUUUUAAACUGGAUCCUAAGUAUUUAUCAGAGAUCAACACACUCAAAGAGGAGGAAAUAGAAGUGAAAAAUGCUCUGAAAGAUCUGGGAAUCACAGAAGAACACAUUCAAAAUAACCGGGGAAGAGAUGCACGCAGCUCAAUAACAGGUGUCUACAGAAUUGUUUUGCACAAAGUACAAAGGAAAAGGGCCCUUGAAUGCGUCCCUAUAAUGUCCCAUCCAGAUCCCAAGGAACAAGACAUAAAGAAAGGAAUCAGCUCUUGUAACGGUGUAAAGCACACAUCCAAGCUGUGUUCUAUUUUGUAAACCACACUGCAAGCUUUAUACUCAGCACACUUAACAAAGGGUUUUAUUCACUUUUCACAGGUUUUGGUGUUGCAUUUUUUCUAAUUUUUAAAUAAACCAAAUUGCCUCAUUUCCUUUGUAUUUUUCAGCUCACAUUUGAAGUGCUCAAAUGCAGAGCCCUAAUGUACUUGUUUGUCUCUUGCUCCAGAAACAUGGUACAACUAGUGCAAUAACUCAAGUAAAACAGAAAGAAAUUA